AUGUCCAAAGUGAUCUCCAAGACUAACAGGUCGUUCUUCAACAAUCUUGCUCCAGUGCAGAUAAAAGACAAGCCGCUAGCCGGGCACACUUCUUCGUCAUCAGAAAUCAUUCUCAUUUCCAUCAACAAUACUGGAACCAGAUUAGUGACAUCCCGUACAGACAAAUCCAUCCGGAUCUGGAAGUGUAACCCAGACAGACUCAGCGACCCUCUCAUAAUCGAAGAUGCCCAUACACGGCCCAUUGAGCUGGUGGCAUGGAAUCCCAAAACAGAACAUUCGUUCGUCACAGUGGGGAGAGACACCUAUGUCAAGCUAUGGAAAGGACAUACAGGCAGUUUGGAGAGACAGAUCAAGGUUGAGAAGACAUUGAAGCAACUGGAUGCUACAAUGUUGAUCCACGUGAGCUAUUCACCAGACGGAGAACUUUUGGCGGUUGUGGACAGAGACUCGACUCUCUUCUUGUACUCUGUUGCUCAGAACUAUAAGAAGGUACACGAAACCAGAUUGGCUGAACACGUCUACGAAAUUCAAUGGUUCCACGAGGGGCACCUGUAUUUUAUUUGUGCCCUUCACGAUGGAACAUUGCCUAUUUAUAAAGUGACGGAUGUAGAAGACAGCGAUGGCGACGUUCAUUUGGAAUUGAAGACACAAUUGACAGGACACAGGUCGUCAGCUACAGCCGUAAAAAUCGACCCCAGAGGGACAUACUUGGCCGUUGGGUCCAGCGAAGGCGUUAUCAGUCUCUGGAACACAGCCACCAUGCUCAAUAGUAAAGUGAUUACCGAUGUUGACGAGUCUAUCAGUAGUCUAGGGAUCAGUAGAGAUGGGGCCUAUGUUGCAUCUUCUUAUGAUAAUGGCUCUAACAUCAUAAUCUACGACAACGAGGCCGGCAAGAAGGUGUAUGAAGUGCCUAAUAGUAUGUCGGGCAAGAUGGCAUUUUCUUGUAUCACCUGGUUUCCCAACAAGACUUCGUUUGCAUACACCAGUGAUUUCGGCACUACUCUUACGUUGAUGAAAAAGCCAUAG